UUUAGCAUUGUGAGGAAAGGUCAAAAAUGAAGAAAUUUCCAACACUUUGCGUCAAGCAUUUUAACACAACCACGCACAAAUACUACAUAAGACCAGCUGCAUCGUGUGAGAAAAGAGGUGAAGAUCCAUUAAAAGUUAUGGGGGAAGAGAGCUCAGUUAAGCUAUAUGGUAUGUGGGCAAGUCCUUAUGUUCUAAGAGUCAAACUUGCCCUCAAAAUUAAGGGAAUAGAGUAUGAAUAUAUAGAGGAAGAUCUUGCCAACAAAAGUGAUUUGCUUCUUCGGUAUAAUCCAGUGUACAAGAAAGUGCCUGUACUAGUGCACAAUGGUCUCCCAAUUGUGGAAUCUUCUCUUAUCAUUGAAUAUAUAGACGAGACUUGGAAUGAACCCCCAUAUCUCUUGCCUAAAGAUCCCUAUCUAAGGGCCAGACAUCGAUUCUGGGUCGCCUAUUUCAACCAGGUUUCCGAGUUCAUAUUCAAAACACUUUCAGAAGGUAAAGCCGCAGAUGACUUGCUAAAGGAGUGCUUGAAUAAGCUGGAUGUGAUUGAAGAAUUAUUAAUGAAGGAGAUGUUCCCCAAUGGUGCUCCAUCUUUCCAGGAUAUGAAACCAGGAUACUUGGAUAUAAUGUUCUAUACUUAUUUUGGCAUUUCCGAUCUUGUAGAAGAGUGCUUUGGCAUUAAACUUUUCACCUCAGGAAAGUAUCUGUUAUUAACAUCUUGGAUCAAUGCAAUAAGUGAAGUUCCUGAAGUAAAAGAACUCUCACCACCGAAGCCUAAGAUUCUUCAGCAUCUUAAAGUUGUGCUGCAGAAGUACCUCCCACCAAAAUAAGCCUAAAUGGUUGUUAGUUUUGGUGGAAUUCGAGACUAUUGGUCUCAUCUGAAGAACUAUUGAUAUCGUCCAUGUACACAUAUUGUGUGUCCUUUACUAGUCUAGUAGUGUGUAACUUGUAGCAGAAAUAAAGUUUGUCAAGUGUCGGAUUGAGUAAUGAAAUGUUUCCUACUUUGUAUUAUUCCCUCUGUUUCAAGAUAAAGUUUUCAUUUGUUUUC